AUGGAUAUUGCCGAGAAGAAAAUUUCAGAGAGUGAUUACGUAGGAGCCAAGAAAUUCGUCGACAAGGCUCAGAAUUUGUAUCCGAAUCUUGAUGGACUGAGACAAGUGUCGGUGAUGAUCACUGGAGGAAGAGAAGCUGACUGGUACAGAGUUCUUGGUGUUGAUCCUUUGGCUGAUGAUGAAACUCUGAAGAAGCAGUACAGGAAGUUAGCUCUUUUGGUUCAUCGGGACAGGAAAAAGUAUAAAGGCGCGGAAGGUGCGUUUAAUUUGGUUUUAGAAGCUAGGCGUCUGUUAUCUGACAAGGUUAGUAAAACCGCUUAUGAUCAAAGGAGGAAGUUUAACGCCGGGAUGCAGAAACCACGACCAUACCAACACAAGCCAGAUUCUUCUAACGGGAAUCAAAAUGCUAAAGACAGAGUGGAUGUGAGUGCUUGGAUUGGAAGAAAGAAGUAUGCUAGUGGGGCGCAGAUCUAG